UAACGUUAGAGUUAGAUGUCAGAACUAUGUUAAUUGUGGUUAGGUUAUUAUUUAUAUUUUUUAUUUAAUCAUCAUUAUGCAAAUUAUUAUAAAUGGCAAAAUUAGUUCAUGUCAACAGUAUACUACUUUACAAUCUGCACAAGAUCAUGUUUAGUUCUAGCACUUCAGCUGUAAAAACUGUAGGACUUUUAGUAAUUGGUGAUGAAAUACUGAAGGGCCAAGUCGUCGACAGUAAUUCGCAUUACAUCACAAAGCGCUUACACCAAUUAGGCUUAAAAGUGGAAAAGAUAACAGUUACAGGUGACAAUAAGGACGAGAUCAGUGAGGAAGUGAAGAAUUUUUCUUUGAGGUAUGACUAUGUUAUUACAACUGGAGGAAUAGGUCCCACACAUGAUGAUGUCACAUUUGAAAGUGUUGCAGAAGCAUUCAAUGAGCCUGUCAUUUUACACCCAGAACUAGUCAAGAUAUGUGCACAGUUUUAUGGUACUACUGAUCCUGAGUCCCCGGGGAUGAAAUUGGCUCGUGUACCCAAAUCGUCCAAACUCACAUUUGCACAAGAAGAUGGUGAACUAAGGACCCACUAUCCAAAUGUAUCAGUCAGGAAUGUCUACAUGUUUCCGGGUAUUCCUCAACUGUGCGAGAGGUUGUUUGAUAAAUUAAGUGGGCAACUUUUUGAGACUACAAAUCAAUUUUAUACAAGGAAUGUGUAUUUUAAUGUUACCGAAGAGAAGAUUGCAAAUGCACUAAGUUUGGUGGUAGCUGAGUACCCUGGUGUUCUUAUUGGUUCAUACCCUGAAUUGUUUAAUAGGUACUACAAAGUUAGAAUAGUAUUAGAAUCUAGUCAAGAACAAGAAAUGGAGCAGGCAUAUGUGAAAUUAUUACAAAUUGUUCCUCGAGAAGUGAUUGUACCUCAAGAAAAAAUUUUUAAUAAAUGAUUGUUGAUUUAU